AUGGAUGAGGAUUUUCUACUUGCUAUUCAACUGCAAGAGCAGUUUGACAACGAAUAUGAGACUACGCUGUUGUCAACAAACGGCUUUGAAGAAAACCACCUCGGAAGCAGCAGUAAGAAACGAAAGGUGGAGGUAAACGGGGGAGAUAGCGAUAUUAUCCCAGUCUGGAAUCGGACCCCCAACCCCCAGCGACCCCUGAGCAUCGUGGAUGAAUCCUGGGAGAUUCUGGACCCCAGCCCAGAUGUUAGGGCCAUGUUUCUGGAGUUCAACGACACGUUUUUCUGGGGGAAACUUAGUGGAGUGGAGGUUAAGUGGAGCCCCAGGAUGACACUGUGUGCCGGUGUGUGUUCUUAUGAAGGCCGCGGUGGGUUGUGUUCGAUCCGACUCAGCGAGCCGCUGCUGAAGCUUCGACCAAGAAAAGACCUGGUGGAGGCGAGUUUUGGAGUCCAAUCUUGUGUUACCCUCCUCCACGAAAUGAUCCACGCGCUCCUGUUUGUGACCCAGAACAACCGGGACCGGGACGGCCACGGGCCCGAGUUCUGCAAACACAUGAACAGGAUCAACCAGGCCAGCGGGACCAAGAUAACGGUAGGUGGACACUCCUCCAUAUAG